CCUUUUCUCUCUCUCUUUUUUUUUCCCUCUCUCUCUCUCUCUCUUCCCUUGGUCGACGGGUUGAUAAACUGAAUUCCCAACCCUGCCCACCGUUACCUGAGUCGACCAGGCCGAGCUCAGCUCCUCCGCCUAACAGACGGCUCUCCGUUAGCUUUUUGCACCCGCCUCGUCGCGUUCCCUUUCCGCCUUUGCGCCCAUUCGAUCCGUUUUUAAUAGCGCACCCAACCCGGCGGUUGUUCUUGCUUCCUCAUUAUACUUUUGCCGGCGAGUAACCGUCGUCGAAGACGGUGAACUAGAAGGAGAGCCUCUACGGAAGGUGGGAUGAAACCCUAAAUCCGGCUGGUUCUUAGGGUUCCGAUCCGUCGUUAAGGUUUAGAUUUUUCUGUUUUGAGGAAGAGGAAGGAGAAGAAGCGGAAGAGCGGGAAGAGGAAGAUGAUGAGCUCGAGGGGUCUGUUUGGGUGGUCGCCACCCCAUGUGCAGCCGCUGACGCCGGUCUCGGAGGUUUCGGAACCGCCGGAGUCGCCGUCUCCGUACAUGGACAGCGGGGUGGAAGUGGUUCCUGUGGAGGACGACGUUGCUGUCGACGAGAUGGAGGAGAUAGAGCCGCCUCCGGCUGCGGUGCCCUUCUCCAGGCUAUUUGCUUGCGCAGAUAAGCUCGAUUGGGUGCUGAUGGUGGUCGGGGCUGUAGCUGCCGCCGCUCACGGGAUGGCCCUGGUGGUCUACUUGCAUUUCUUUGGGAGGGCCAUCAACUUGCUAGACUCGCAGAAUGAGGCGCUGUUUGGUAAAAUCAAGCAGCAUGCCCUGUAUAUCAUUUACAUAGCUGUAGGAGUAUUUGCUGCUGGUUGGAUAGAGGUCUCCUGCUGGAUUCUUACUGGAGAGAGGCAGACUGCAGUCAUUAGGUCAAAGUAUGUCCAAGUCUUACUAAACCAGGACAUGAGUUUUUUUGACACCUACGGGAAUAAUGGAGAUAUAGUUAGCCAAGUAUUGAGUGAUGUGCUGCUCAUCCAGUCUGCUCUAAGUGAAAAAGUUGGAAACUAUAUUCAUAACAUGGCAACAUUCUUUGGUGGUCUUAUCAUUGGUUUGAUCAAUUGUUGGCAGAUAGCACUUUUAACACUAGCAACUGGUCCUUUCAUUGUUGCAGCAGGAGGAAUAUCUAAUAUUUUUCUCCAUCGGUUAGCUGAAAAUAUUCAAGAUGCAUAUGCUGAAGCUGCAAGUAUUGCAGAGCAGGCGAUUUCAUACAUUAGAACAUUGUAUGCCUUUACAAAUGAUACUCUUGCUAAGUAUUCUUAUGCAACCUCACUUCAAGCUACACUAAGGUAUGGAAUACUGAUUAGUCUAGUGCAAGGCCUUGGUCUUGGCUUCACAUAUGGUCUUGCUAUAUGUUCUUGUGCUUUACAACUUUGGGUUGGGAGGUUUCUGAUUUCAAAUGGAAAAGCUAAUGGUGGAGAAAUUAUUACAGCUUUGUUUGCUGUAAUUUUGAGUGGCCUUGGACUUAAUCAAGCGGCUACCAAUUUCUAUUCAUUUGAGCAAGGGAGAAUUGCUGCUUACAGACUUUAUGAGAUGAUAAGCCGUUCAAAUUCUUCUCUUAAUCAGGAUGGAAGUACCUUAGCUACAGUGCAAGGAAAUAUUGAGUUCAGGAAUGUUUACUUCAGUUAUCUUUCACGUCCAGAAAUUCCCAUACUGAGUGGCUUUUACCUAACUAUACCUGCUAGAAAAACUGUGGCCCUUGUUGGUAGGAAUGGCUCUGGAAAAAGUAGUAUAAUUCCUCUUAUGGAGCGUUUCUAUGAUCCUACCUUAGGGGAAGUUCUAUUGGAUGGGGAGAAUAUAAAACAUCUGAAGUUGGAAUGGUUGAGAAGCCAAAUUGGACUAGUUACCCAGGAACCAGCUUUGUUAAGUUUGAGCAUCAAGGAUAAUAUAGCUUAUGGAAGAUCUGCUACAUCUGAUCAGAUUGAAGAAGCUGCUAAAACAGCUCAUGCACAUGCUUUCAUAACUUCUCUUGAAAUGGGAUACGAAACUCAGGUUGGUAGGACUGGUUUAGCAUUGACUGAAGAACAGAAAAUAAAAAUCUCAAUAGCUCGUGCUGUGCUUUCAAAUCCUUCUAUUCUUCUAUUGGAUGAGGUCACAGGUGGACUUGAUUUUGAGGCAGAAAGGGCUGUUCAAGAGGCUCUGGAUAUUCUCAUGUUGGGGAGAUCCACUAUUAUAAUAGCUAGGCGCCUUAGUCUUAUUCGCAAUGCUGAUUAUAUAGCAGUAAUGGAGGAGGGUCAACUGAUGGAAAUGGGCACCCAUGAUGAGUUAUUGAAUCGAGAUGGCUUAUAUGCAGAACUUCUGAGAUGUGAAGAAGCAUCAAAGCUUCCCAGGAGGAUGCCCAUAAGGAAUUACAAAGACUCAACUUUUCAAAUCGAAAAGGAUUUAUCAGGAAGUCAAGGUCUUCAAGAAUCAUCUUCUCCAAUGAUGUCAAAAUCACCUUCUCUUCAGAGAGCACAUGGUAGUCUUGCAAGUCGACAGCCUGAUAUUUAUAACUCACAUGAAUCAUCAAAGAGUCAAAGCCCACCUUCAGAGCUAAUGGUGGAAAAUGGGUUUCCUCUGAUUUCUUCAGAAAGAAUCCCAUCUAUCAAAAGGCAGGACAGCUUUGAGAUGAGAUUACCUGAGCUUCCUAAAAUAGAUGUGCAUUCUAUAAACCCCCAAUUUUCAAAUACCUCAGAUCCAGAAUCUCCUAUUUCUCCGUUGCUCACAUCUGAUCCUAAAAAUGAGCGCUCUCAUUCGAAAACUUUCAGCCGUCCUCUAAAUCAAUUUGAUCACAUGUAUUCUAAUCAGAAGGAGCUUGCAAUCCACAAACCUCCAUCCUUUUGGAGGCUUGUGGAACUCUGUUUGGCUGAAUGGUUUUGUGCUCUUCUAGGAAGUACUGGUGCUGCAAUUUUCGGAUCAUUUAAUCCCCUCCUUGCUUACAUUAUUGCACUUAUUGUGGCAGCAUAUUAUAGAAUAGAUGUCCGUGAUGUCCAUGAUGAAGUGAACAAGUGGUGUUUGAUUAUUGCAUGCAUGGGUGUUGUUACUGUGAUUGCAAAUUUUUUGCAGCACUUCUAUUUUGGUAUAAUGGGGGAGAAGAUGACUGAGCGGGUUAGAAGGAUGAUGUUCUCCGCAAUGUUACGCAAUGAAGUUGGGUGGUUUGAUGAAGAAGAGAACAGUGCUGAUACAUUGUCCAUGCAUCUGGCUAAUGAUGCAACAUUUGUUCGUGCUGCAUUCAGUAACCGACUUUCUAUAUUUGUACAAGACACUGCAGCUGUAGCUGUUGCUCUUCUUAUAGGGAUGCUGCUAGAAUGGCGUGUGGCACUUGUUGCACUGGCUACUCUACCUAUAUUAGUAGUUUCUGCUAUUGCACAGAAAUUAUGGCUUGCUGGAUUUUCUAGAGGCAUUCAGGAGAUGCACAGGAAAGCCUCGUUAGUCCUUGAGGAUGCUGUUCGAAACAUUUAUACCGUUGUUGCAUUUUGUGCCGGUAAUAAGGUAAUGGAACUUUACAGGCUGCAGCUCAGCAGAAUUCUGAAACAGAGUUUUGUCCAGGGAAUGGCUAUUGGAUUUAGUUUUGGCUUCUCACAGUUCCUUCUUUUUGCCUGUAACUCUCUUCUUCUUUGGUACACUGCUGUGUCUGUGCAUGAAGGCCGAAUCACAAUAGCCACAGCAUUAAAAGAGUACAUCGUUUUCACUUUUACUACCUUUGCUUUAGUGGAGCCAUUUGGCCUUGCUCCUUACAUUCUAAAACGCCGAAAGUCCCUUACCUCAGUAUUUGACAUUAUAGACCGGGUACCCACUAUAGAUCCGGAUGACACCACUGGCAUGAAACCACCUAAUAUCUAUGGGAGCAUUGAGUUAAAAAGUGUUGAUUUCUGUUAUCCUACCAGACCUGAAAUGAUGGUGCUCAGCAAUUUCAGCCUUAAAGUUAGUGGGGGGCAAACAGUUGCAGUUGUGGGUGUAUCUGGAUCUGGGAAAAGCACUAUAAUAUCUUUAAUUGAGAGAUUUUAUGAUCCUGUUGCUGGCCAAAUAUUGUUGGACGGACGUGAUCUAAAGCUUUUCAACUUAAGAUGGUUGCGCAGCCAUAUGGGCCUGGUUCAACAGGAGCCUGUCAUAUUUUCAACAACUAUAAGAGAGAAUAUCAUCUAUGCAAGGCACAAUGCAACUGAGGCCGAGAUGAAAGAAGCUGCAAGGAUAGCUAAUGCACAUCACUUCAUCAGCAGUCUGCCACAUGGUUAUGACACACAUGUGGGCAUGAGAGGGGUUGAUUUGACACCCGGACAGAAGCAACGGAUUGCAAUUGCUAGGGUAGUGUUGAAGAAUGCUCCCAUAUUGUUGUUGGACGAGGCAAGCUCUUCUAUUGAAUCUGAAUCGAGUCGAGUGGUGCAGGAGGCACUUGGCACGCUGAUUAUGGGUAACAAAACCACAAUUCUUAUUGCACAUCGUGCAACCAUGAUGAAGCAUGUGGACAACAUUGUCGUCCUUAAUGGUGGCAGCAUAGUUGAACAGGGUUCACACGAGUCCUUGGUUCAGAAGAAUGGCUUGUACGUCAGGUUGAUGCAGCCUCACUUCAGCAAAGGCCUUCGUCAGCAUCGGCUUAUUUAGGCUAGUUCUCGUUGGUAUUUGUAAAUUAUAGCAGAAUGCCCAAGUUCUGUUUCGCUUGUCAUCUGGGUGCCCAUGUUUGGGAUGUUAAUACACAGCAGUGCUGGUGAUGGACGAUGCAUGUCAACAGUGAUGUUUCGGAUACUUGGUGAAAUGGAAUACUGACGCUCCUGUGACAUGGUCGAACUCUACUAAAAAAUAGUUAAAAGGCUAAAUUGUAGUGUCGGUAGGAUCGGAUCAGUUAUUAGGAUUAGUUUGAUGUUUUGAGGAUAAAUGAGCCAGUGAGGCUGCGUGAUUGGUGUUGUGCAUUAAUUCUUUGGGAAGGCUCCCUCGAUAAUGUAUUAAAUUAUAAUAUUAUUAUUUUUUCUAGAGGCGUUGCAUUGGCUUGAUUGUGUAAUACGAUUUAUGGAGAGAUGUUUCUACUGAUCGAUUGUUUUUGGGGAUAUGAUUGAUAUGUAAUGUAACUAAUCAGUCUACUUAUCAAGCUGUUUGAAGUGAACUU